AUGACCUGCCUCACCAACCUCUUCCCCCAUCCCCUCCGUGGCCUCCUCCUCGUCACCCCCUUCCUCCUCUCCACCGGCCUCGCCAACCUAACCCUGUUCCUGCUCCCCUUCGCCAAACUCCUCCUCCCCUCCUCCUUAAUCCACACCCUCUGCUCCCUCAUCGCCGGCACGCUAGUCUACCGCUUCGUCCAGCACAUCUUCACUGCGAUCAACAGCGCCGAAAUCACCUUUUCCGGCGACACCCCCUUGCCAAACGAGUCCGCCAUCGUCAUAGCAAACCACGUCGCCUGGUCAGACUUUUACCUUGUCCAAGCUGCUGCUGAUAAAGCAAACAUGGGAGGCCACACGAGAUAUUUUGCAAAGGCGGGGUUGAAGUGGGGAUUAUGGGGGAUGGGUAUGCCUAUUGUUACGAGGGAGUGGACGAGGGAUAAGAGGGAGUUGGAGAGGGUUUUCAGGGGGGUGAAGGAAGAAGGGUGGAAGACUUGGCUGGUAUCCUUUUCGGAAGGGUCACGGUUUACACCGGAGAAAUACCUCCAGUCGCGGCUCUGGUGCAGGCAGAAUAGCAAACCCCAACCGGAGUAUCUGCUCUAUCCGAGGACGAGGGGAUUUAUUGCUACGGUGCAGCAUUUGAGGAAGGCGCCGCAUGUCAAGGCGGUGUAUGAUUUGACGUUGGCGUAUCAGUGUGGGGAGGAGUUUCAAAAGGCGCCGACGAUGUGGGAGACGAUUGCAGUCCCGAAAUUGAGUCUGACUAGGGAGCAAGGGGGGGUGGGGUAUCGAUUUCAUGUACAUGUGAGGAGGUUCCCCAUUGAGGAGUUGCCGGGGGAUGCGGCCGGGCUGGCGAAGUGGUUGGAGCAGAGGUGGGUGGAGAAGGGGAGGUGGCUUGAGGCGAGGAGGUUGAGGUGGGCGAGUGUGGAUGUGCUGAGGAAGACUGACGGGAUUUUUGGGGGGAUGGGGAGGGUGGUGGAUGAGGACUCUCGAACGUGAGCGUGGGGAAUUCUUGACUGUCCUGGAUUAUUGAAGGUGUUGGUUCACUUUUGAUUGGUGUAGCCUACAAGCUGUAUCAUCACAACCAUUGCUAUCAGUUUGCAAGAUGGACUGAGGCCAGCUAUGAGAUGAGCAUGUGAAUGUGGUGAAUGUGAUGAUGGGGUGACUUGGGGUUCAACGAAGGUAUGCUGUGGUACAGUACGUUAUUGAUCAUGACGCCCCCAACUGCGAGCCCAACGUCCUUGAGCGGGGAAAACUGUCCGGUGAGCUAUGCAAUGGGAGAUGUGAUAUGUCUUUUUGGAUGGCAUUAGGGCCCCUAGAGACCGUUGUGAUCCAGCAACUCCCGGGAAACCUUUCCGUCUUGUGGUGGUCUGAAGCCUGACUACCGUGAGUCCAUGGCUUUUCAUUUGCCAGGACACGAAGCUGAAGCCAUCGUCAAAUGGGGAAGCCCAAAGUUUACA